AUGUCUGUCGAAGCCGAUGGUUUGUUGGUGCUUUGCUGGCCCAUUGCUUGGCCCAUCGCCAAGCUUCUGGAUUGCGUCCUCGGCCACGACGAAGGACACUUUUUCGCGGGGGCGGAGAUGGCCGCAGCGCUGGACAUCCAUCGGGAGAGGGGUCACCUUUCCCGUGAGGAGGCUGACAUCAUGCAGGGCGCCCUGUGCAUGGCCCAGAAGCGCUGUCAGGACUGCAUGACGCCCAUCGGCCGGGUGCAAUCUCUUGCCACCGAUGCCGUCCUCGACGAGGCCACCAUGGACUGGAUCGUGCAAACGGGCCACUCCCGAAUACCGGUGCACGAGCCCGGUAAGCCUGGGAAGUUCCUGGGGGCCCUCCUCAUCAAAAAGCUCAUCAAGCUUAGGCCUGAGGACGCCUGGCCCGUCUCCACACAGCGGCUCAGCCCCCUUGUCAAGGUGGUGGAGGAUGAGCCGUUGUACAAGAUCUUGGACAUCUUCCAAACAGGGCAAACACACAUGGCUGUGGUGUAUCCUCGGGAAACGGAACUUGGAGACAACCUGGCUCCUCUGGACGUUCCUCCCCUGGGCAUUCUGACCCUGGAAGACUUGAUCGAGGAGCUCAUCAACGAAGAGAUCGUUGACGAGACGGACCUCUACAUUGAUGUGGCGCAUGAAGAGGCAGGCGUCGCGGAGGAGCUGCGGGGUGCUGAGCGUUUGAGAGCUGGCCGCCUGGUCUGCGCUCCGGCGGUGUCCUUCGCUACCCGAUCCACGGCUUCGGGCUCCGAGCAGGACCUUUCGCUGCCCGAGCGGAGGCAGUCGACGCCAGCAGGCCUGGGGCGCGUCCAGGCCGCCCCUGCCUCCAGCGGAGAGGCGGAGGGCUCCCGCCGCAGGGCCACCGGCCUACAGAGUAUCUUCGACCUGGCCCAGGCACAGGCCAAGGCCAAGGCGAGUCGGAGCCCCGGCACGGAGUCGACGGAGAGCAGGAAGAAGCAGUGUGGUCCAACCGAUGCAGUGAAGGCAUUGAAAGGCUCGGCCUACGUGCGAUCCCGUCGUGCAGGCUUGCUUGAAGAGGCAUUGAUUAUAAGGUCUUUGUGCUUGAAGUUCGAGGUUGUGGGGUCCUUCUGUAGCCCUGCCAGUGCCCUGACAGAGGUAGCUCUGGCGCGGCGACCGCCCGCGAGCCCGAAGAGGCGCAAAGGCGUCAAUGUCCACUUCAAGUACUCUGGGGAGGCGGUGCUCUGGGACGUUUCCGGGCCACAGCGCCCGCUGAGACCUGCCGUGGUGCGCUGGGCGCAGGGCGAUCAGCUGGAAUACUUCGAUGUGUACACGAAGGACGAGUUCGUCGCGCUCCUGAGCCAGAAGGAUGGGCAGCGCUCUGUCGGCGAACAGGAGAAGAUCGAACGAAUGGUCGGCUUCCUCGAAGGCCUGACGGGCCGGAAUCCUUCGCCCCGGGGUGCCGAGUCGAUCCUGCUCCCUGGGAACCGCGGGCUGAGCGUUCCGCCUGCGCUGGAGGUUCUGAAGGAGGCUGGACUUGAGGGCGGCGAGGUGAGGAAGGUAGCGCUGGAGAUCUUCCAGGACUAUUCCAUGAAGACGGAGGUGGUCGUCGCUUCCCCGGGAGGGGCUCCGCAGGCGCCAGUGGUGCGCCAGGCGCCCCUGAAGAAGCCGCCUCCGAAGGGCGAAGUUCUCAAGGAGGAGGGUGGCUUCAAGCGCUAUGUGAAGGUGACGUACCUCGACCCAGAUCUUCUGAUUCUCCGUGGCCGCGGGGCCUCCGAGGUGUAUCGGAAGGUGGCGUGA